AUGGCGGCCAAGAAGAGCAUGAAGGAGUCUCAUGGUAGAAAGUGGAGUGAGGAUGAACUUAAGGAGUUUGCAUCUGUUCUCGCAGACGACCGAACUGAAUUUGCAUUAAUUUUGGAGACUCUUGCACUCAAAAAGUCAGCUAAUGUUCAUAUUUUUGAAGCCAUUAAGAAAGAGUUAGAUGCUUGUUUACAAGCGAAGACAGCAACCAGUUCUAAGAAAGGAAAAGCAAAGGAAAUCGAUACAUCAGUUGUUAAGCUACGAGCAAAAUAUAAAUAA